AGAGAGAAAGUCUUUGUUUUAGAGAGAGAAAGCAAAGAAACAAAGAAUCAUACAGCAAUUCUUAAAAUUCUUUUAUUUUAUUUUAUUUAAUUUUAACGACGGAUCGGACGCCUAACGACUCGCCAACGCAGAAUCGGAGAUCCAUCAGCAAGAUGGAGGGAGUUGGGGCCCGACUCGGGCGGACUUCGACCCGGCACGGACCGGCCACGGUGUUCACUGGGCCGGUAAGGAAGUGGAAGAAGAAGUGGGUCCACGUAGCUCCUCCCUCCAACCACAACACCUCCACCCAUCACUCUCACCAGAUUAACGGUUCCUCUAACGGUAUUAACGGCUCCCAUCUCUUGCUUUACAAGUGGACCCCAAUUGCCCAAAGCCAAAACGCUACCAUUAGUAAUGGUGCAGUCGCCAAUGGAGGGGACAGGGACAAGGUUUCUGCCAAGGACGACGGCCUUUUGGCUGCGAGCGAUGAGCCGCCCCGCCGAAAAUUCAAAUACAUUCCGAUUGCUUUACUAGAAGAACAGCAAAAUGAGGCUGCAGAGCAGGUUGAAGAUGACGGAAACUCUAUCGAUGAUGAGCCAGUUGAAACACAGGCAACCCCAAAGAAUGAUGGUUUAGAUGAAAAACCUGACAUUAAUGACGUUCCUAUGGAAGAAAAUCAGGAGAGUAAUCAGGUAGUAUGCCAAGAUCUGAAUUUAAGUUUGGGCUUGAAUGGGCAUGAAAACGAUAACGAUUCUGGUCUGAAAGCUUAACAAACCAGAAAUGGUUAGUUGCAGCGACUUGGUUCAAGCAUUAAGCGAGCCCAUAUUGGACGUCUUCGAAAACUGGCACUCAUAACCUUACAAGGAGCAGCUAAUUGUUGGUGACGAAUUCGGAAUUCAGUUUUCCCUUUUGGCUUUAUUUACCUACGGCCAUAUAGGGCAAGUGAGUUUCAGUGGCAUUCGCGUGUACUGUUAGUCUUCAUUGUUUAGCUGAUUGCAAAUUAUACCCAUUCGGUAUAAGAUGCAAAACUUACAUACUUCAGCAUUAAAAUCAUUGAAUUUUUUCAGCCGGCCAUUUUUGUCUACUUCUGAGAUGGGACAUGUACUUCGAAAUUUUACUGAGGUUGUAAACUUUUGAACUCUUAAACAUUUAUGAAGUUUUAGUUCUUCAUUACAAUU